GUUGCACCGUUCUCGCAUUUCUCGUAUAUUUCCAAAGACAGAGUCGGCUUGUCAUUGGUCGCCCUCGCCGGGCCUCUCCAGUUUUUCGAUUUGUCAAUCUACGCAGGGCUUGAAUAAGUAUCAAGCGAGGCGAUCGUGAUGUGCAUCGCCAUUAUUGGUUCCGUAAAUCGUUUACAAAACCUUACAUCACCCUUCUUAGCCUCCUAAACCCACGCGUCAUUUGCGUUGACGGCAUUCGCAGUAUGGCAGCUCAUUCGACACAUCUUUUAUUUCGCGAAUAUAUAAGGGGGAGGGAGCCUCGUCGUGGUUGAUGAUCCAACACAGUCAGUUUGGAAUUAUUCCUGUAACUCCAUAUCUCUCUGAAGCCAUGUUGGCGACAUCUUUUGUCCUUCGUCUUAUUGGUGCCGCGAGCAUCGCCACGGCAUUGGAAUGCCACCCUGAAGGCCCCAUUGUGCCCAGACCGGGGAACCUGACCCAUUCGAAACCCUUCCUAGCUGCUCUCGACAACUUGACCCAAACGCUCGACGCAGCUUUUAGCGGGGAGAUCAAGGCCGGUUGGGAUAUUCGCAAUGUCUCCAUUUCCUUGGGUGUCGUCACCUUGGACCAGGAGGAGCCAGCAGUGCCUCUAUGGGAGUACCACCACCUUGCUUCCGGGAACGUCAACGGAACGAAGUCCAUCGACAGAAAUUCCCAGUACCUCAUCGGCUCCGUUUCCAAGGUCAUCUCCGACGCCAUCCUGCUCCGAAGCGGCAUCAACAUCGACGACCCCAUCACCAAGUAUAUCCCAUCGCUGAACGACUCCUCGUCAUUGAUAGACUGGGAUAGCAUCACGCUGCGUGCCUUGGCGUCUCAGCUGUCGGGGAUUCCGCCCAACUAUGGGUUCUCCGAGUUUUACUACUUGAAGGAUUAUUUUGAACAGCUCGGGUUCCCGCACCUGAAUGACAGUGCAUACACCGCCUGCGGCAUCACGGGCUUCAGUUCUGGAUGCACCAAAGAGGAGUUGCUCAAGGGCAUGCUCUCCAUCCACCCAGUCGCCCCACCCGAGACACGCCCCGUCUACUCCAGCAUCGCCUUCACGCUCUUCAUCUACGCGCUAGAGGCCCAGACAGGCAAGAACUACACCGAGCUAGUCCACGACAUCUCCGCCUCGCUCAACCUGACCUCCACCUUCCCGAGCCCCGGUGACGACAACCUGGCCGUCAUCCCGCCCGUGGACAACAGCUGGGGCUCCGACUACGGCGUCAACGCCCCGGGGGGCGGCCUCGUGUCCACGCUAGCCGACCUCUCCACCUUCCUGGUCGCCAUCCUCGACCGCUCCGCGCUCAACUCUCCCGCCGCCGUGCGCGAGUGGCUGCAGCCGCGCGCCUUCGCCGGCUCGGCGCACAGCCUCGUCGGCGCGCCGUGGGAGAUCUUCCGCCCGCCCCCGCACCUGCUCUUCCCCGCCUCCUCUGCUGCAGCGCAGCACACGGUCACCGUGUACGCCAAGGACGGCGCCGCGUACGGCUACCACAACCGCAUCGCCGUCGUUGACGAGUACGGCCUCGGCAUCGUCGUCCUGACCGCGGGGGCCCCCAACGUCGCCGCCCUCGUGCUGGACGCCGCGCUGAGCGCCAUCGUGCCCGCCGCCGACGCCGCCGCGCACGCCGAGGCCGUGGAGCGCGGGUACGAGGCCACUUUUGUGGGGGAGUCGACGGCCGAGACGGGAUCGGUGGCUUGUAACGCGACGGCGGCGCUGGGGGCGGACGGGACGGUGCACAUUCAGGGCUUGUACCGUGACGGGUCGGACGUGCUGGAGGGGCUGCGGGAGGUGUGGGCGGUCACGCUGAGUCAGUUCUUGUUGCCGCUGGAGAAGAACGGUACGUGGCGGGUGUACCCUGCGCAGGUGGAGACGCGGGACCGGUACAAGGGCCGGGAGGUGGUGCGGGAGGACUGGCGCAUCUGGUUCGACGUCGACGCCGACUCGGGCACCGAGUUGCCCGGCAGGGCGCUGGGCGAGCACAAUUGUAUGAGCUGGACGCUCACGGAUUGGAUCUACUACGGGAGCGAGCCGGUUGACAGGGUUGUGUUUGUCAAGGAUGCCGAAACGGGGGAGGUGUUGGGCUUGGAUGUGCCGUUCUUAAGGACCGGUGUGCUCGAGAGGGUCAAAUUGCUCUGAGGAAUGCAGAGGAUUCUGUUUCUGGUUGGUUAAAGCAAUACACACAGGACACUCA